AUGUCUUCAAUUCUCCGCCAGAUCGUCGCUGGCCCCAGACUGCAGCAUCCCGAAGCGGGACUUGACCUCUGCUACGUGACCGACAACAUCAUCGCAACAUCAGGCCCCUCUGGAACCUAUCCCCAGCGCGCAUAUCGCAACCCGCUCGACUCACUCGUCCAGUUCCUCGACUCCAAGCAUGGCUCAAACUGGUGCAUCUGGGAAUUUCGCGCCGAAGGUACUGGAUACCCAGACUCGGAGGUCUAUGACCGAAUCCACCAUUUCCCUUGGCCGGACCACCACCCGCCGCCAUUUGCACUGAUCCCCAAUAUAAUGGGGAGCAUGCGGAACUGGUUACAGCGGCUGGAACAAAAAGAAGGAGAUGAGCCCGGCAAGCGGGUCGCUGUCGUGCACUGCAAAGCUGGCAAAGGCCGCAGUGGGACGGUGGCGACGGGAUACCUGAUUAGUCAAGAGGGAUGGAAAAAGGAAGAGGCAUUGCAAAGAUUUACGGAGCGUCGGAUGCGCGUGGGCUUUGGAAAUGGUGUAAGCAUUCCCAGUCAGAUGCGGUACGUCGGGUAUAUCGAUCGAUGGACGAACGAAAUGGGCAAGGAAUAUGUGGAGCGACCGGUUGAAAUCCUCGAGGUGCAUAUUUGGGGACUGAAGGACGGAGUCAAGGUUGCAGUGGAAGGGUUUGCAAAUGAGGGAAAGAAGAUCAAGGGGAUCCAUCUGUUUCAUCGCAGCGAGCGAACUGUCGUUGCGGAAGAGAAUCCAUCCUCUAGAAAAGAGGGCAGCAGCAGCAAAGAGAAGCUGGAUAAACAACCUGUGCAAUCCUCCGCAACCUGGUCGCCCGCACAAUCGGAAGACUCGACAACCCCGGCCGCAUCAACAUCCGAUCUCACGCAUCCAGCAACUAUCUCCUCAACCCGCAACACCCUGUCCGCCGUGAUAUUCCGCCCCAGCAAACCCAUCAUCGUGCCGGGAUCAGAUGUGAACAUCGACUUUGAACGACGCAGCAAAGGCUCAUACACGGGGUUAGCAAUGGUGACCUCCGUCGCUCACGUUUGGUUCAACGCCUACUUCGAAGGGGGCCAAGAUUAUGACUCUGGCAUCUUCGCGAUCGAAUGGGAUGGAAUGGACGGAAUCAAAGGCAGUGCGAGGAAGGGUAUACGCGCAUUCGAGCGGCUCAAGGUCGUGUGGCGGUACCCAUCGUCGCCAUCUGAUUCUCAGCAGAACCAGAAGGGAGACGAAACCACAGCCGGCAAACCAAUCAGUGAACCCAAACCGGGCGAGCCCAUUCCUGAAAGUGCCCCUGCGGACUGGCGCGGACCGGAAGAUGCAAAGAAGGAGGAUCGAGACGCGCAAAAUAGCGAGCCAGAGAAAGAGAAAGAGAACAAACCAGCCAAGGACAAGCAUGCAAUCAAACACACAUCGUCAGGAAGCAAGUUAUUGGCUGUUGGCGCAGGCUCAUUACACGAGGUUGAGAAGUCAUUGGGACUGCGAAAGCAGACUGAUGAAAGCAAAGAUGUGAGCUUGGCAGGGAGCGAGGAUGACGCACGCUCUAUUCAAUCGACGACCGACGAUGAGGGAAAGGCGCCAAAGGAGGGAAAUGGUGAUUUGGAGGGGGUGAAAUCCCACUUCGUGAACGACGGGACUGGAAAUAAGGCAAGUAGCCCUGGUUAG